UAUGAUUCAAAAGACAAGUUUCCUAAUCAAUAAACCCUAAAGUAUUUAAACUUGAGAGAAAUCUAAGUAACACUGCGUAUUGAUGUUCUAAAACGAAAUGCUAAUUUCCUUAACUAAAGUAAAACGGAAUAUAACGAACUUUAAAAUGAUGCAGUGAAUAUUUUUGUUGCCAUGACAAUAUGCUGUGGCAAAAUCUUGAUGGAAGGAUGACAUCCCCUAGGCCGCAAUCAAGACGGUCGAAAUCGUCCAGAGAAAUUUAUCAUCCUGCUAUCAAAGAUCUAAGUGAACAAGCAGGGCUAACAGCACAAUCAUUAUGUGUUGAAGAGGUAGGUCAAACGUCCCCGCCAUAUUAUGUCAACGGUGAUGCGUCAGUUACCAGUAGUCACGACUGUGCUUCAAACGGCCAUGAUUUGACAAUUAUUCCUCCGGAGCCAGCAAGACUUUCCACGGCUUCGCCAUUCUGUAAUUCUAAGAAAUUACCAGCGCUGUAUGAAAAUUCGUAUAGCUCUUACAGACAACGUGUUGUGAUGUCUGGGAUACGUCUGAAAUUGUUGAACACAAGUAGACGACCUCAUAGCACGGAGCCUACUGGAAUAAUUGCUCCAUCAAUACCUUACAGCUGUGCAAAUGAUCCAAAUGGAAAUGUUAGUUUUAUCAUUAAAAAUACAAAUUCGCAAAUUGAAGAUCAGGAACCAAAAGAGAAAAGGAGGAUUCCACAUUACAACAACAAAACUAGAUUUAAAAGUCAUUCUGGCACACUCUUAUCUGACGGUAAUCAGGUUCAUAUGAACGUUUUUCAUCAGCAUCUUGUCAAUAUACAUCCACUUAAAAGACAAGAAACCUCAUUAUGGUUAUCGAAUGGCUUUAAAGUUCAAAGUUUCAAAUCAAAUGGCAAACGAUCACAAACAUAUAUCAAACCAAACACUGCAGAAGGACAUUUUCGAAAUAGAAGAAGCGCAAAUGGGAAAUUGUGUCGCGAUUUUAGUAGUUUACAUCUUCAAAAUGUAAAACCUGAAAUUGAACGACAGAGAGAACUUGAAAUGGUUUUGAGUGACAGUUUAAAGCAACCAACAGAUUUGGGAGAUGUAGCUAUUUCUCCAUUACAAAUACAAGGUGGACUUACUGGGCCGAAUAGAUUGGCAGCUGAUUUUAAUUUGCAGAAAGGUUGAAGUGCCUUUUGUUCUCAUUUAGGAAAUAUUUUUUUCAUAUUUUAUUUGCUUAUAUUCACGCAGGAAUCGAUUUUGAAUAUCACUGAGAAAUCAAAUCUGCACCUAAAAAUUUCAUUUAGACAAAAUCAAGUUACAAAGAGUUGAAAAAGUUUAUUGAACAUUUCGACUUGUGAUGAACCUGUUACACAUUCUAAAAAUAUUUUCAAAAUGUGUUCAACUAUGUAGGUAAAAAACCAGAAAUGACUUUUUUGACACGAAUGCAUAUUCACUUGCAUUCCAGAAAGUUUUGUUUUGAUACAUUCAUUUUUACAUUCUCAAGGACCUUAACAUGAGACCAUUUAAGUAUUAGCAAUGCUCUUUUUUAUCCAGUAUUAUUUUUGUAUUACUAGUAGUCACAGUGUUUAUGUAUUACUAAAACGUAAAAAUGCAUGUAGAAAUGUAUAUAUGUUAGAUUAUUUAUUUUUUCGGAGUAGACAUUGUGCAUUGUACACAUAUUCAUAAAUUCGUUUGGCCAUUCAUAUGAUCUUAUUUUGAUCAUUAACUGGAUGAAAUUUUGGACAUUUAAAAUUUGGCUUCGUAGCAUUAUAAUCGGCUUUGUUUUUUAAAUCAUUUGACAUAUAAAGAGGUUUUUGGCAAAUAAUAACUUCAGGUCGAUAUGUUUAUUUAAUGUACUUUAUAAUAAAUAAUGUGGUCAAUGUUUUACAGCGCAAAAUUAUGCACACAAGCGAAAAAUGUUUAAGCAAAUUAAAAUACUUCAACCAAAUGCUCAAGUUAAAAAGAAACCAUGCAUGCGUGCAUGAGGUACGAAAGUUCCUCUCGGAAUAAUAAAUAGUUCUCCUUUUUAAACUUGCAAUGAAUAAUUGAUUUGAGACGAUCGAUUUGGUGUUACGGUUUAACUCGUUCUACAUGUUCUUUACUUUUUAUUAAGGUUAUGUAUUGAUUACCGACAAUGCAAGGGUUUAUAGGGUCAAACAGACUAGCUCCUACUAAUUUCAGUUGAGGGUAUUUGCACUCUUUCUACCGAUGUUAACAUUUGUCAGGAACUAACAUUCCCUUGUGAUUUAAAGCAUUUUACCUUCAAGUUUGUUCUACAAACAAACAAAUAAACAAACUUAUUGCACAUUUACGAAUUAAAAAUGAAAUAUAAUAUAAUAGAUAUAAGAAGAUGUGGUAUGAGUGCCAAUGAGACAACUCUCCAUCCAAGUCAAAAUUUAUAAAAGUAAACCAUUAUAGGUCACAGUACGGUCUUCAACACGGAGCCUUGGCUCACACCGAACAGUAAGCUAUAAAGAAUGAAUGCUCUUCUAUACGAACUUAUAAGACAUUUUUGGAGAUUGCAAUAUUAAUGAAAUUAGAUGUAGGGUGUAAACGGUGACGAGAAACGUAUACUUAUAAGAAUAGUAUCAUCUCGUGGAAAUUAAUCGAUGGUUAUAAUAAAGUUCUUGUGGAUGUCAACUGAUCUCAAAAGGCUGACACAAUCUUAAGUAAUGUAAGUUUUCGCAGAACUUUUCCGGUUCCAGUAUUUUUAUAUCAUUUUAAGUUUGAACUUUGCAUUUUCCAACAACAGAAUAUUAGUAAUGGGAUUUUUUUCUUGAAAAAUCAAAAUAAAUUUUUUUAUAUGUCAAUAUUUUAAGCAUUCCACAUAUCAGUUUUAAUUCAUUGUCUAUUUUUUGCCUGAUUGUCAUAUUAGUACUCAAGAACAACUUUACAACUUUUAAGAGUAGAAACUUUGUUAUCAUAUAAUUCAUUUUUGUCUUCGGGAUUUUUUAAUACUAGAAGGUAUUUGCCAUUGGUGCAUGCAUGUAAACUUUGCUUUGACUUUUAAUGGAAAUAAGCGCUGUAAAUGUUAUUUUAAAACAAUAUAGAACUUAUUCGGAAAAUUGAAUUGUAGUGUUACUGUGAAACAAAAAUGUUUUACCGGCACACAAAAAAAACACCUGCCACAUUUUCCUUAUUAUUUUACAAAAUCUUCGAAGCCAAUAGUCAAAUUAAUGAAUAUUUCAUAUUGCAAUAUUUUCCAAUUUGUUUCUUCAGUGAAUUUCACUAAUGAAAUACAACAUGUAAUAAUUAACAAUAUCAUAAGAAUAAAACCAUUAAUGAUUUUA